AUGGGCUACGGCGAGAAUCACGAUAGUGAGCUGAUACGCACACACCUGGAUGCGGAGGCGGCGAAAAUCAGAGCGUUGCGAGUAAACUGGAAACCUUAUUUACAAGCGAGAAUGAUUUCCCAAUACGAUUAUGAUUUCAUCGUUACCUAUGAGGAAGCGGAGACCGAAAAAGAGCGCAAUGUGGUGUUCAACGCAUACAGAGAAAAGGCGGUGUACGCGUUUGUACAUUUGGUGACACAGGUUUCAAAGGAUGAAUACGUGCGAUACGCGUUGACCGAAUUGAGCGAUCUUUUGCAAACGAAUCGAAAAUGCGUCGAAAUUUUCCAAGAGACCGCCGACGCCCAAAAAAGAAGCGCGUUUUCCUGGUUUCUCGGUCUUUUGCACCGGCCGGACCCAUAUAUUCCGCAUAUAACCUCGGUGAUCAUCACAAGAAUUGCGUCGGUUAGAAAUCAUCGGUUAAUCGGCGACGAGCUCGAAUAUUUCGUUGGAUUCCUCAAGGAGCAACUCAAUCGAGGAACCGCCAAUGAUUUCAUCGCGACGACCGUUCGAUGCAUGCAAACGCUAUUUCGCUAUGACCCUUAUCGAUACGCAUUUUCGCAUAGUAAUGGACUUGACUCAUUAAUUCAUGCGCUGUACUCGACGCGCAAAUGCGGAUUCCAAAUUCAGUAUCAAAUUAUAUUUGUGAUAUGGCUUUUGAUGUUCAAUAAAUACGCCGCCGAGCAUGCACUCAAUGGAAGCUUGAUAUCAACAAUUGUUACCAUUUUGGGCACCUGUCAGAAGGAAAAAAUUAUUCGAAUAGUGCUAGCCACACUCAGAAAUAUUUUGACGAAGAUUGAUGACAAACUCUAUCGAAAACAGGCUUUACUCCAAAUGGUUCAAUGUAAACUGCAGAAGAAGCUCGAAUUGAUGUCGAAACGCAAAUUCGACGAUCCCGACAUCGCCGAUGACAUCCAAUAUCUGCAAACCGAGCUCGAGCUCAGCGUGCAUUCGCUGACAUCGUUCGAUGAGUACGAGCACGAGUUGCGCCACGGCACACUUCACUGGUCGCCGGUGCACAAGUGCGACAAAUUCUGGUCAGAGAACGCGCAGAAAUUGAACGAGAAUCGCAACGAGCUGCUCAAGAUGCUCCUCAAUUUGCUCGAGACGAGUUUGGACCCGCUAGUGCUCUGCGUCGCCGCGCACGAUGUUGGAGAAUACGUGAGAUACUAUCCAAGAGGCAAGGAUAUCGUUGAGAAGCUUGGCGGUAAAGAAUCAAUGAUGCGUCUUCUCACCGUCAAGGACCCAAACGUCCGCUACCACGCGCUUCUGGCAGCCCAGAAGUUGAUGGUGGUGAAUUGGAAGCUACUCGGUCUCUCUGAUGACGAUUAA